ACACACAGGGGAGCCAGGCAGCUAACCAUGGUGAAUGUAAAGAAACGGAAAGGUCGGGUCGUGAUUGACUCCGACUCGGAGGAUAGUGCGAGCGAUGAUAAUUUGGAUCAGGAGCUGCUGUCUCUUGCCAAAAGAAAGCGUGUGGAUUCUGAUGAACAGGAAGAGCCUGUUAGUAAACCUGCCGCCUCCACUGACUCUGAGACAUCAGACAGCGAUGAUGAGUGGACUGUUGGAGGCACUAAAACCAAAAAGAAGGGGAAACCGAGCAAAGGGCCUGAAAAGAAGAACACAGUCAAGAAAAGAAAGGGCAAAGCAGCUUCAUCUGGCAGCUCAAAUGGAGACAGUUCAGGAGAGAGUUCAGCUCCAGAGGAAGGUGAAGUGUCAGACUCUGACAGUAACAGCUCAUCCUCCAGCUCGGAUUCUGACUCUUCAUCUGAGGAUGAGGUUUUCCGGGACGGUUAUGGAGAUGAUCUAAUGGGGGAUGAGGAGGACCGGGCACGUUUGGAGCAGAUGACAGAAAAGGAAAGAGAACAGGAGCUGUUCAACCGUAUAGAGAAGAGAGAAGUCCUCAAGAGGAGAUUUGAAAUUAAGCAAAAAUUGAAGACGGCAAAGAAGAAGGAAAAGGAAGAGAAGAAGAAGAAACAAGAGGAGGAGCAGGAAAAGAGAAAACAGUCUCAGGUCCCAGACACUCAGGUGGUGAUGUCCCAUAACAAAGAGAGACGGAUAAAAAGAGAUGAGAAGCUGGACAAGAAAUCACAGGCCAUGGAAGAGCUGAAAGCAGAAAGAGAAAAGAGGAAAAACAGAACUGCUGAGCUCCUUGCAAAAAGGCAGCCACUUAAGACAAGCGAGGUCUACUCCGAUGAUGAAGAGGAGGAGGAAGAUGACGAUGACAAGUCUUCAGUAAAGAGUGACCGCAGCUCAAGGUCUUCAUCGUUUGAUGAAGAGGAGGAAAAAGAGGAAGCUCCACCCAAAUCCCAGCCUGUCUCAUUACCAGACGAGCUGAAUCGGAUCCGGUUGUCUCGGCACAAGCUUGAGCGCUGGUGUCACAUGCCAUUCUUUGCCAAAACAGUCACUGGCUGUUUUGUUCGAAUUGGCAUUGGAAACAGCAGCAACAAGCCCGUUUAUCGGGUGGCUGAAAUCAUUGACGUAGUGGAGACCGCUAAAAUCUAUCAGCUAGGAUCCACACGAACAAACAAAGGCCUUCAGCUCCGACAUGGAAAUGACACACGGGUCUUCAGACUUGAGUUUGUGUCCAAUCAGGAGUUUACUGAAAGCGAAUUUAUGAAAUGGAAAGAGGCGAUGAUGAUCGCAGGAAUGCAGCUUCCUACUCUGGAUGAGAUCAACAAAAAAGAGCAGUCCAUCAAGGAGGCCGUCAACUACAAAUUCAAUGACAAAGAUAUUGAGGAUAUUGUCAAAGAGAAAGACAGAUUCAGAAAGGCGCCACCAAACUACGCCAUGAAGAAAACGCAGCUUCUUAAAGAGAAGGCCAUGGCUGAGGAGAGCGGAGAUGGAGACAAAGCGAAAACACUUCAAGAUCAGUUGAAUGAGCUGGAGGAGAGAGCAGAAGCACUUGACAGACAGAGAACCAAAAACAUCUCUGCCAUCAGCUAUAUCAACCAGAGGAAUCGGAGCUGGAACAUUGUAGAGUCUGAGAAGGCCUUGGUGGCCGAAGGUCAGAACUCAAAGAACCAGCAGAUGGACCCCUUCACCAGACGGCAGUGUAAACCAACUAUGGUGUCUAAUGCAAGAGAUCCCUCAGUCCAUGCCGCUAUUUUAGCUCAUCUAAACCAGAAAUACGGUUCAGGCUCGGGCGCGGGCCAAGACAACAGCCAGCAGGCCAAUAAACAGUUGGGCCAGGCUAGCCAGAAAGACAAAGACGUUACAAAACCGACCAGCGACCUCUCAGAGGACCUUUUCAAAGUUCAUGACUUUGAUGUCAAGAUUGACUUACAGGUUCCUAAUGCUGAAGCAAAAUCUCUCUCAGUGAGUUCAAAUGCAUUGCCUGUUAAAGAUGGAGCACCACGCCGAUCUCUCAACCUGGAGGACUACAAGAAGAGACGAGGACUCAUCUGACCGAUGUUUCUAUCCUCCCUUGCAUGAGUGGACACCUGUGCUGAGAGUGUGAAGCUGUGGCCACCCCUGUGUGUGUGUGUGUGGGCGUGGGCGUGGGCGUGGGCGUGGGCGUGGGCGUGUGUGUGUGUGUGUGUGUGUGUGUGUGUGUGUGUGUGUGUGUGUGGGAGAGAGAGAGAGAGAGAAAGAAAGAGAGAGAGUGUGUAUGAUAAAGAGAGAGUAAGUGCUCACCUUUAAGACUGAGAGACUGUGUAAGUGUGUACGUUUCACCUGUUUGUAAGAGGAAAUACUCAUAAAUAAUGACAACUUUCAGGUCUUUUCCUGCAAAGGGUCACCUUUUUUUGAGAGCUGAAAAGUCCUCUGCGUUAUUUACAGCGUGUGCUGUCUCGAGAACAGAAAUGCAUUACCUCUGAUUCUCCGUUUCAUACCAAUGUAUGCAGCAUAUUUUCCUCCCUCUCAGACCCUCACAGAAACCACCCUUUUAUAUCCAAGCUUGUGAAUGACUAUCUCAAAGGACACUAUCAAAACAAAAAAGAGGACACAAAUCUUGGGUUAUUUUUUUCUGGAAAGUUAUUAGUUGUCGAUAUUGAUGAUUGGGUCUGCCUCGCUUUCUCGUUCCUCUUCAAGAAGCUCUGAGUUUUUCAAAAGAAAUGAAAAUCCUUUUUUCUCUCCCACACCCGCGUGUAACUCUGCUUGCCGGUUUAGAGGCCAAGGGCUCGACCAAUCAAAGGGGGAGUCUGACAAUGACAUCACACUCCCUAAAGAUAAACGUUUGUUUUCACGUGAGACAAUGAUUGACUAAACGUGGCUGCCAUGUUCAAGAAAACAAUGAGAAUCGAUGUAUGUUUUUGUUUUUACUGCUCUUUUUCUUCCAUAUCCCUCUGUCUCACUCGGAGCUGAUGUAAGUGUUAUUGAUCAUUAAUUAUUGAUGAAGUCUUUUAGUCAGUUCUGUAUCGUGGCAUGCAUUGUAAAUAAGCGAUCUUGAGUGAGUGCGGCUGAAUAAAGGAGG